CAUGAAAUUGUCAUGGCUAUUGAUAUGAAGAACAGCUCUACAAUGGGGUGCGCCUACUUCUCAACAACAGAUGGUGUCCUUCACCUUUCGGAGGAUAUACCUAUGGCGACGCUGGACGUUGCGGAGCAAUUCCUUUUCCACGUCGAACCUACCACAGUCCUCAUAUCGGCGAGAGCCCCCGAGGAGUUCCAGCAAUAUUUCUCUCCUGAAUCCGCCAGGGAUAGACUUAUUAGUCUCCAGUCUGAUUCGCUGUCACCCACCGGCAUCAUAUAUUCUACAGGCGCAAGUGACGACCUCUCAAGGACGAUUGCAGGGCUUGACCAGCCAGAAGCGCCUGCAUUUAGGUCCCUACGUUGCGGAGGUUGUCUUAACAUGAGCAACCAAGUCUCAAUCGGGUGCGCCGGAGCCGUUCUUGGUGAUCUCCAACGUCGCAGAUCUGCUGGUUUUCUCCCUGAUGGGCAGGUUUCAGGAGUAUUGUUUCGGGUUCUUGAUGCCCGCAUGUUCUCACUGUCGUCCUAUAUGUUUGUCAGCGCCGAUGCCCUCCUUGCUCUUCAAAUCGUUCAGACCGAACUCCACCCUAAUAGCCAGGCCUGGGGACCAAAUCUCAGCAAAAGUGGCUCAAAGGAAAGCCUAUCUGUGUAUGGGCUUUUCUAUCACUUGGCUUGCACCCCUCAAGGUCGAACACAGUUGCGCCAACUAUUCCUACGCCCCGUUCUGGACUUGGGCCUGAUUCGGGAGAGACAGACGACCAUUUCUGUAUUGCUACAGCCAAGCAACGCCGAAAUGAUGGCACAUAUGACCUCUAUCCUACGAAGAAUUCGAAACUUGCGGCCAGCUUUAACCCUUUUGAAAAAGGGUAUUGAGUUUUUAUCAACAGGCCAAUCUUUCAACAAAGGCGUAUGGGCAACAAUCCAACAGUUCACGACCCAGGGUCUGGCAUUGAGGGAAGUACUGGGUAAUCUCAACAGCGGCACGGAACUUGCUCUAUUUAGAGAGCUCGUUAACAGUCUUCACCCGGCCGUCCUGAUGGCUGUUGGAGACAUGAUCGACAAGACAAUCGACUUUCAACAAACAAAGAUCCGUCAACGAUCCUCGGUCAAGCAGGGAGCAGACCUUCAGCUCGAUGAGCUCCAGAGAAGUUAUGCGGGACUAAACCAUAUCUUACUCGAGACAAAGGAUCGAAUGAAAGCCGCCAUACCGGAGUGGGCCCACCGCCAUGUCAAUUCGUGCCUUUUCUUGCCUCAGCUUGGCUUUGUCACUUCGGUUGAAGUAGGCCCUGUGACCGGUAGCUCAAUGUAUGAAGGGGAGGGAAUGCCUGAGGGGGGGUGGGAAAAGGUGUUCACGGGCGAAAUGGGUGCAUGCUACAAGAACACGUAUAUGUGUGAACUUGAUCAAGAGUACGGGGAUUUGCACGAGGUCGAGGUUAUCCACGGCCUUGCUAACAGGAUUCUUGAGCACGAGGAGGUGUUGAUUUCGGCCUCCGAUAUGUGCGGCGAGUUUGACGCCAUUCAUGCACUCGCUUUAGGCGCUGAGAAGUACAAUUGGAGAGCACCCACCGUGGUCGAUGACAAUGUGAUUCAUAUUCAGGGUGGCCGACAUCCCUUGCAAGAGCUUGUUGUGCCGGCUUUUGUACCAAACGACUGCCACCUCGCUUCAGGGCCGAUUGACCAGGCACACCUUGAGGAGGCUUCAUCCCAGGCCUUGAUCUUAACGGGGCCGAACCACUCGGGCAAGAGUGUGUAUCUCAAGCAGGUGGCAAUCAUCGUCUACCUUGCUCAUAUUGGCAGCUUUGUUCCAGCAUCCCAGGCCACCAUUGGCCUCACGGACAAGAUCCUGACCUGCAUGUCACCGAGGGAGAGCAUGUCUGGCGGGGAGAGCGCAUUCGCCAGGGACAUGAAGCAGGCUGCAUUAUCGACAAGAACUUCGACAUCAAGAAGCCUCGUGUUGGUUGACGAAUUCGGCAAGGGAACCAACGGUGAUGAUGGCUCCGGCUUGUUGGCUGCAUUACUAGACCACUUCCUAUCGCUAAACCGGGACUGCCCACGUCUGCUAGUUGCGACGCAUUUUCACGAGAUCUUUGAGGGAGGCUACCUUUCUCGCCAUGAAGGGGGAUUCCGUCUGGCACACAUGGACGUGAGAGUGGACUGGGAUGCAGCCCAAACAGAGGAUCAAGUGACGUACCUCUUUACUCUCGCGUUCGGUCACAGUACCUCGAGCUUUGGCGGCAGGUGUGCAGCGUUGAAUGGGGUGCCUAGUGCAGUUGUCGAGCGCGCUGAAGGUAUUGCCAAACUCCUUGCACAAAAUGAAGACUUGGGGGAACUCUGCGCUCGAUUGUCUCAGGCAGAAGAAGAGCAGUUGGAGAAGGCAGAAACAGCCGCACGG